AUGUCAAUGCCGCACCGAGCACAACGCCAACACUGCUACCUCUGCGAUCUGCCACGCAUGCCCUGGGCCAUGGUGCAUGAUUUCUCCGAGUCGGUGUGUCGGGGAUGUGUUAACUAUGAAGGCCCCGAUAGAAUUGAAAUGAUCAUCGACGCUGCUAGGCACAUGAAAAGAGUGCAUGGCUUCCAGGACUCGCCCAGAGGACCUGUGGUCAAUGGGGUUGGGAAACCGUCACCUCAGAAUAUCGCAUCAGGGGCUCAGUCAAGAGCUGGAAUUCAUGGUCAGUCUUCUUCCAGCGGCCCGUCUGAGGUACAUCAGCACUCGUCAGUGCCGCUGGACGCAACACGAUUAACUGGGCCACCUUCGGCUCAUCACCUGCCAGGUUCGGGUCAUUCUCAACCUCCUCCAUCUCUAGCUCACCAUCCGUCGCAGGACCGAUUCAUCGACUCUCGGCGGACAAUGAUAGAGUUCUCUUCUUUAGGGAGACUUACCACUGGCCUUUCAGUUAGCCACCUGCAUCCUUCUUCACGAACAUCAGAGGACCAUUUUGCGGAAAUGCACCAUAGAAACAGUCCCCCUCGCAUGGGUCUGCCUCUGUUGCAUCCUCUCAACCACUCUAGCCGACACAGCGCUCCUCCACAGCCGCCUCUGUUACAAGGAAGGAGGGGAAACGAUGACGACAGUGAGUCCGGCGCCGAUGAUUUAGUUAGAUAUUCAUCUCUUGAAGAAGCCAUUCAAAAGAAUUCACUGGUUCGGGACACACUGAACACUCUGGCUGCUUGCGUCCCUUUUCUGAUCAGGCUGAGGAAAGAUCACAUGCUAAUGGGCCGUAUGUUUGCGUUUGAUGUCAGUUUCAAGUCUCCUCACGAACUAGAGCUAAAGUACUUUGUAGAGUACCCUGUGGGGUCUGGGACCGUGCAUAAUUCUAUCGCCAGCCUGGUGAAACUCAUGUGCCAGGACACGGUCAAGGACUUCGGCAAGGGACAGUCAUCAGGGCUGGUGUAUCUGGAAUAUGAGGUUAAACAUAACAGCGGGCAGUGGAACUACAUGUCCGAUCUAUUCUCGGACAGUGUGCGAUAUUUCAAGGAAGCACUUAAGCGGGAACUUCUUCCAACACCAUAUGUAGACAGCUGCCUUCCGCCACUGCCCAGCCACUUAGGCCGAUUAAUUCCUUUAUCUAAACCAGACUCACAUCGAUCAUUGCUGGACGGAGCCAGUAGUUCUAGUAGCAGUAGUCGCAAAAGAAAGAGCUCUCCAGGAAGCGAUGAAGACUACGGGGGACCGUCAAGUAAGUUCAGCGAUGAUCAACAAAAGAGACAACAGUGGCUACAGAGUCAGACCGAUGCCCUAAAAUUAACAAUAUCUUCUGCUGCCACUGCCUAUGGGCCUGGUCUGCCGAGCUCAACGUCCAUCUCGCCGCUGAGCAACCACAAUCACACACCCAGUCCACCCAACGGAAGCCACAUGCUGACCAACCCAGGCCCGUCGCCUAUGGCCGCUUUGAUGAGUGUAACAGAUACCCUCGUGUCUCCAAGACAGCCAGAUCUUCUUCAUGCUGGUAACUUGAUGCGCGUUCCACAUCAGUCCCCGAACGGUUCCAGGAGAGGUUCACACCUGGGUCCAGUCUGCGACACCGGGGUAGGGAGCACAAUUCCGGAGUCGACCAGCGGGAUGUCUGCAGAGCUUUUGAAGUGCACCCUGUGUCAAGAACGAUUAGAAGAUACUCAUUUUGUUCAGUGCCCAUCCGUAGCAGACCACAAGUUCUGCUUUCCCUGCUCUAAAGAAAGCAUUAAACGACAAGGCGCGGGCUCGGAAGUUUACUGCCCGAGCGGCAAUAAGUGCCCCCUUGCUGGCUCCAACAUUCCUUGGGCGUUCAUGCAAGGGGAGAUCAUCACAAUUCUCGGCGAGGACUACAACGGGCCGGGCGCAAGCAGCACCAGUACUUCAGGGGACAGCAGCAGCGCUAGCAGCAGCAACAUCAAUGGUAAAGACGUCAGCAUCAAGAAAGAGCGAGAGUCAUAG